AUGUCAACUAAUCCUGUGGUGAAGGUGUUUCUUACGCAGCCCUUACAAAAUGUUUCUGCGUCUACGCUCUCUCCUCUCGUGAAUGUGUUAAGAGAUGACUCGCUCAACCUAUCGCUGAGCGGUGAUAACGCGGUUAACGACGGGACCGUCCACGAAAUCCUACGACGUCUCAUCAGCAUUGCGAAUAAUGAUGCCAAAAAUACAACAAUACGGUCCAUGGUACUUGAGUGUCUGUACUGGAUAUCUCAUCACACCAGUGAUGCGGUCCACCUGGGUCCUUUAUUUGAUAGUGUGAUGCAGCUUAAUGAGUCAUUUGAGUCGAUGCUUGAGCAGGAAGGGGAUACACUCGAGCUCCAGUACCUCAUGUUAAGCGUACUGCUUUUACGCGUCUCGGGGUAUGAACGGCUGAAGGUAGGUGAUAUCCUUGAGAACCUUUACCACGGCGAUGCUCGGCGCGUCGUGCGCCUUCUUCUUAAUCUUCUAGAGGACCCUGACUAUGAGUGGCCCUUAUGCCAGGCUGCCGCACGCUGGCUUUUUGAGCUGACGACGCCCGCGAGCUACUUUGAUGCGGAGACCAGCACAGACCACGUCAUCGACGUAUCGGUGUUUCAGAGAAAGCUGUCGGCACUGCUAGAACACGGUAUGGAGAGCCACGCGUUUGUCGCGAUAUUGGCAAAGAUUGUGGGGCUGUGGCGGAGGUCCUGGGGGGAGAACGCGGUCCCUGGUGCCCUCGGCUCCUGCACUUCCAUCUCUAGUGUAAACCUGUUCACGCCUAGCCAGCUCACCAAGCUUGCGCAGUGGGCAGCUUUGCUCCACUUUCUUUCUUCUACCAUCGAGAAUCUUUCCGAGUACUGCAACAAAUUGCAACUAGUGAAGAGUCUGCAGGAGAGCCUUUUUGUCGAGUCCCAGGAAUUUUUGGCCAAAGUGGUGAUCCCUUUUAUCAUGUUAGCCAUUCAGGCAUGGUGGCAUGGUGCUAAAAAUGCAACCAGCAGUUUAAUGGAUUCCCAGCAUUCCAAAGUUGAUCCACUGCUGCGUGCUUCUAUCAAGGUUUUGCAGCUUCUACGAUUCGCCUUGUACAAGCUACCAAGUACCCCUCCCCCUAGCGAUGCUCUUCUCAGUGCGUUGAAAAGUCUAGGACAGCAAGUGAUUCAGCGUGAGUCCGCGCUCAGUGGGGAAUACAGCGGUAUGGUAGUGCUCCUUUUGACGGUAGAGUUGUUUUGCAAUAUCAAUGCCAAACGGCAGCCAGAACUGAGCAAAGUUUUCGAGACGCUCCUGGGCGUAAUAGUUUCCGAUGAAUCUACUUCUUGUCGCAUUAUGAAUAUGCCUUUUGCAAACAUUUUCAUCGCUCAGUUCAUAAACGAGACCUCGUCUCACGUCGACACUCAGAACGAAUCGGUAGAGUUUGUCUAUAGCACGUUUUCGAAGAACAAAAUGGAGAAUGCCGAGCUGGGGGAGGUUGUGGCUGUCCUAGAAGAGCAACUUGAUAUUAUGCAAACGGCAAUUAUGCAGCUGACACUUGGUCAAGCUUUAGACGAAUUUAUACAUGUUCUUUCAUCACAGCCACUACCGCAGGAAGACCGGCCCAUUUGCAUGAAUCUAAGAAAUUAUAGCUCUGUAGAACAAGCUAUUCCUUCUAGUCAUUUAUGUAGUGAUGGCCACCAUGUAAACAAAAAGCCUCGAGGUGCAAAGCAUCCAGAGAAGUACCGCUGCCAAAUGACCAAUAAGUUAAUGCGGGAGCCGGUGACGUUGAAGAGUGGACAUCGCUUUGAGUUGGAUGCCCUAAAGAAAGUGAUCGAUGAAAUUGGCCAUGUAAACCCCUUGACAGGGGAAACCAUAGAUGAGGAGGUGGAGGUAGAUGAGGCACUUCAGCAGGAGAUUAGCGCAUACCGCGUGAGACAUGCCGCUCAUUUUAAGUAA